AUGCCUCAUAACGAUUGCCUCGUCGUGGAGCUUCAGCUCGGAGACGUCGAAGUGAGCAGAAUUUUAAUCGACACGGGGAUUUCGGUAAAUGUCAUAUUCAAGGAAACCCUCAAGAAUAUGGAUUUUCCGGAUUCCGAGAUCAAGCCUUAUAUGGAAUCAUUGACCAGAUUCACCGGAGAGAAAACGAGGACAGUAGGGACGGUGAAGAUACCCAUUUAUGUCGGCGGAUCAGCCCGAAUGAUCAAGUUCUUGGUCCUCAACAAACCGGCGAUAUAUAAUGAAAAUUUGGGAACGCCCUGGCUGUUCGACAUGAAGGCCGUCGCUUCAACGUUCCAUCAGUGCGUCAAGUUCCCGACCCCGUCAGGGAUUUUCACCCUCAAAGGAAGCCAGACCGCGUCCCGAUUAUGUCAUCUCACCGAAUGCAAACUAAGUCUCGCACGGACGUGCGUCAUAAGCCCCUUUCAGGAAGGUCGUACGGCCGCAGAGAGCCAGUUCGGUCCACCCAAACAGAGCCAAGUUGACCAAGUCUGCAUCGAUCCGACAAAUCCAGAAAAGUGUGUCGGCAUAGGGGCCGAGCUCGACAACAGUAUCUGGGAAGCACUCAUCAGUUUCCUCCAGAAGAACGUCUCCACAUUCGCAUGGAAUAUCAGCGACAUGCCCGGAAUCAAUCCCGACAUCACUUGUCACGAGCUAAACAUCGAUCCCACAUAUAAACCUAUCAAACAGAAGAGACGCAAGCUCGGACCCGAGAAAGCGCGAGCAGUAAACGAUGAGGUCGAAAAAUUGCUCAAAGCCGGUUCGAUCACGGAGGUUCGAUACCCGGACUAG